AUUUAAUUCUCUUAAGUCAGCAUUUCUUGUUUGUGGCUUCAAUUUCGCAAUUUUUUCUUCUUCUUUUCCCUCAAGCAUCUCUACCUAUCCGACAUUUGAAGUAUCUACUCAAAAACAUUUUUACCGGGGCGAUUGGGUGAGCUGUUGAAAACUUGGGAUUCGGACAUUUCAAAAUCGUGGCUUGAAAAGACUGGUAGCACGCACCUCCAUUGCUUCACAGUCGAAGUAUGGCUCACGAGUCAGCCGUGGUGGGGGGUAAGACCCCCGUCGAGACCAACUCGGAUCACGAAAUAGCAGCUCAAGAAGAAGGGCCCCAGCCUGUCGAGACGGAAUAUGAUAUCGAAAGAGUAGAACAAGUCUACAGGAAGUUGGAUCGCCGCAUUAUUCCAGCAUUCUGGAUCCUGUACUUCCUCUGCUCUGCCAUUCGCUCUAAUAUCGGAUUGGCGCAGACAAUGAAUGCGGAUGUCGGCCAUGACUUGAUUACAAUGCUUGGACUCUCCUCUAACGACAUAUCUACUGCAUUGGCUCUCUUCUAUGUGUCUUAUGUCAUUUUCGACUGCCCCUCGAAUCUCAUCAUGAGCAAGCUCAGCCCUCGAGUUUGGAUGGCUAGAAUUGUCUUUGCUGUUGGUGUCAUAGGUGCUUGUUUCACUGCUGUCCAGGCUGCUUGGAGCUUGAAGCUGCUGCGUUUCCUGCUGGGUGUGGUAAUUGCUGGGAUGUGGCCUGGAAUGUCUUAUUACUUGACGUUGUUCUACCCACCCUCUCGAACAGGCAAGCGAAUCGGACAGUACUUCACAGCCGCGCAGGUUUCAGCUGCUGUGGUCGGCUUAGUAUCUGCGGGUUUCCAACUUAUGGACGGCGCGGGCGGGCUUGUCGGCUAUCAAUGGAUGUUUCUUAUCUAUGGUCUCCUCGCUGUUAUCCUAGGUUGGACCCUUCUGUGGUGGCUUCCGGAACGUCCCCUACCUCCAGGAGAGAAGAGAGAGCGCUCUGGGUUCAUCAAAUGGCUCCCACCAACUCCCGAAGCCCUCACAGGCGAAGAUGCUCUAGUUCAUUAUGAGGACUUGAAACGAGUCUACCAUCCCAGACCUUGGGCACUUAAGGAUUUGGGUUAUGUCCUCAUCGACUGGCGGCUAUGGCCAUUAACCCUCAUGUAUUUCGGCGUCGUGGGAGUCGGAAUUGGCACCCAACUCUAUGGUACAGUAAUCAUUCGCGGUAUCAAUUCAUCGUUCACUGGUGUGCAACUCAGCCUUCUCUUUGCGCCCAUUUGGAUUAUGGAUCUUAUUGCGAUCUUGCUUGUAACUCCGAUCUCGGAUCGUUUCCACCGUCUUCGUCCUCUGUUUUUCUCGUGUGCUGUAUGCAUUCAAAUUGCUGGGCUUCUCACCGUCACGUUUGCCCCCACCUGGAAUCCUUGGGCGAGGUAUGGAGGGCUUCUUAUGGUCGGAUUUGGUCUUGGUCCGACGGUACCUAUCUGCAUGACUUGGACCAAUGAGAUUUUCCAGCAGCGCCACGGCGAGGUUGGUGUCGCUGCUGCAUCGGCUUUGGUUUCUGGUCUCGGGAAUCUCGGCAGCAUUACGACAACAUAUGCACUUUACACAGGUUGGCCUGCAGAUGCUGCUCCAGGGCCUCAUCAAUAUCGUCGAAGCAAUCUGGUUAUGAUUGGCAUUUUAUGCAUGAGCAUCCUGAGUAGCAUUGUCAUGUUCGUUGCGCUAAAAAUCGUCGGAAACAAACCUAGCCACAAGAUCGCUAGCAGUGGUAGCUCUACGCUUGAUGGCGUGGAUGGCUUUCAAGACGGCGCGGCCCGUCGUGAGCUUCAGCAGCGCGGCUUCGGUCGGAUGUGGUGGAGCAGGACGUAAUCAUUUACAUCAAUCGCCCUAGAUGACUAUGAUUAUGCUCCGCUGUGAAUUUCAACAACCCAACAGUGCGACCAUGGUAUGAAUAUUGUUGGGGCUACAGGCAGCUCAACCUGCCACUUAUCGUCGUUCGUUUCGUUGUCACUUUUUUUUUU